GCUUUGGGUUAGGAGCAAAAUCAUCACAGACUGGCUGCACUGGUGGAGGAUGAAUUGAUCAAAACUGUGAAGCUGGAUUUCCAGUUGCUGGCAGGAUCCAGAACAUGGGUUACUGGAAGAGGCUGGGUCUGAUUUCCCUACUGCUGCUGUCCUUCUCAUGUUCUGCUGGGGCACGGAGAAAUCUGAAGACCAACUUGUGUAAAUGGUGUGACUCCACCUCCCCAGUGUGUGAGGAAAAGGUGUGCUACAGCAACUGUAAUUUGAACUCCUAUUGUGAGAGUCCAUAUGAAAUCUGUGUGGCUAUAUGGAAGCAAGACAAUGACAGCAUUAAGAUCAGCACUCUGUGCCACAACCCACAGCUCCCAGUAGAAAAUGUAAUGGUUCCAAAUUACAACACCUCACGGUGCAUCAUGACCCAUCAGUCUAGUGAGGAAGGAAUAUUUUACAUCUGUGGUUGUGUGGAUGAACAGGAAUGCAACGAUAAACUCAUAUUUGAAAACCACACCAAUGGAUACUCCAUGCUGCAGAGCAAAGAGGUCAUUCCUGUAGCAGCAAUAAGCCUACUCCCCCCUCUGCUCGUGGCUGUCAUGAUAACGGUGAUAUUUUACCUCUGCCGCACCCAGAAGCGGAAAAAGAGAGCCAAAGACUGGGGCCAGAAGCACACACAGCACCAGGCUUUGCCCGAGCCAGGAAAAGCUGAUGAGGAUGAUGAGAAAUUAUCUGUGAUGACAGAAGACAAUCACUCCAGCAUGAGCUUCACCUGCACCAACAGCAUCAACCAUAACACCGAGCUGCUGCCCAUUGAGCUGGAUGAGAUAGUGGGGAAAGGCCAGUUUGCCGAGGUCUGGAGGGCCAAGCUGAACCACACAAAUUCAGGGCAAUAUGAGACAGUAGCUGUUAAGAUUUUCCCAUGCGAGGAAUAUUCCUCAUGGAAAAAUGAAAGCCAGAUCUUUAGAGAUGCCAGCCUCAAGCAUGAGAGCGUCCUUCAAUUCCUUACAGCAGAGGACAGGGGGUCUGGGCCCCGGAAAGAAUAUUGGCUCAUCACUGCCUACCAUAGAAGGGGCAACCUGAAGGACUACCUGUCCCGACACAUUCUGAGCUGGAUAGACUUACAAAAAAUGGCCGGCUCCCUGGUGAACGGCGUGGCCCACCUGCACAGUGACUACACUGCCUGUGGCAGACCAAAGAUCCCAAUUGCUCACCGGGAUAUAAAAAGCACCAACAUCCUGGUGAAGAGCGAGUGGGAGUGCGUGAUUUGUGAUUUUGGCAUUGCUCUAAAGCUAGACCCUUCCUUAACAGCAGAUGACUUUGCUAACAGUGGGCAGGUUGGCACUGCCAGGUACAUGGCUCCUGAGGUUCUAGAAUCAAGAGUGAAUCUGGAAGACCUGGAGUCCUUCAAACAAAUGGACGUCUACUCCAUGGCCUUGGUUUUAUGGGAAUUGGCCUCCAGGUGUGAAGUUGUAGGAGAGGUAAAAAGUUACGAGCUACCUUUUGGGUCGAAAGUCCAGGAGCAACCCUGUGUGGAUACCAUGAGAGACAUUGUGCUGCACGGCAGAGGGCGCCCAGAGAUACCUUGCAACUGGCUAGUACAUCAGGGAAUGCGCUUUCUGUGCGACACCAUCACAGAGUGUUGGGACCAUGACCCCGAGGCUCGCCUUACAGCCCAUUGUGUGGCAGAGCGGUUCAAUCUGAUGGCACAAAUGGACUGUGAUGACAUCCUCAACAAUAAUACAGACAAUGAAGGCAGCAAAACAGCCCAUCGAACUGGGGAACAUCAAGCCAGUGACGGGAAUAGAAAUACCCAGUGACAGGAAGAAAUGAAAGCCUCGUAUUAAAAAGAAACAAGGAGAUUAAAGACAAGUCCGUGGCUCUAAAAAAUAAAUUAAAAAAACUCUCAAUUCAUUUUCCUAAAAUGAACUAAGAGUUAGUUUAUAACUUAUCAGACCUUCCAUCUGGUAAGUACAAAGCAAAGAGGGAGGGAUAGCUCAGUGGUUGAAGCAUUGGCCUGCUAAACCCAGGGCUGUGAGUUCAAUCCUGAGGGGGUCAUUUAGGGAUCUGGGGCAAAAAACUGACUGGGGAUUGGUCUUGCUUUGAGCAGGGGGUUGGACUAGAUGACCUCCUGAGGGCCCUUCCAACCCUGAUAUUCUAGGAUUCAAAGUGCCCUGGGAUCAAUACUUUGGUUAAAGUGCCACAUUGUACAGAAAUUGAUUAUUUUGUACUUAAGUGUACAAUGUUAAUACAUUUUCUUUAGUAUUUUAAAAUGAAUGUUUAACCUUUAUUACCAAGCAGCUGGAUUCCACCUCUAUUCCCUUCAGUUUAGUUCUUUUCAUGUUCAUUCUUGCACCACUGAGCUUUACCUAAUUUUCUAACCUAUAAACCUCAUAUGUUAGACAGGAGCUCAUUAAAACAGGCAUUGUCUCUGAUUAACCAUUCAGAGAUCAGCCAGCCCUUUUUAUAGUGCAAUGAGACACCUGAAAUUAGAUUAGCAAAAGCCUAACUGGCUUUAACACCAAACACUUUUUUCCCCAAUGUAUAAUGCCUGGGAAUGCUUGACUUUUCCAGCUGUGUGUUAAGAGUACAAAAUUACUUGGCUAAAAAAAGAACAUGACCAAUUCAGAGGAUGUGGUUCCACUCUAAACAGCACUUAUGCAGAAUGUCAGCUAAGUAUUAAUUUCAAGUCCCAUGUCUCCUGACUCCCAGUAUCUUCUAAAUCAGACUAAUGAUACAUUGUAACAGCACAUGCACUUUAACAGUGAUAUUGGCAAGAUGACAGCGAAGGUCUAGUUCAUCGCAUAGAUCGUUUCCAUCUCCACCUUCUGUGAUCUAACGGUCAAGUGGCAAAUGACAUGAAGGUUAGGUAGGGCCUGGACCCUCCUUUCCAAUUACAGCAGUUGGGCUCCUCCCCUCUACUGGAAAGGCUCUUAGCUGAAUGGCAGAAGAUAAGGUAAGUCAUGCCCCACUUCCAACCUCUUCCCAUUGACUGAAAUCCUGCUCCACUCCCUCAGACACACUCCCAUGCCCAGCUACGAUUGAAAGGCAAUGAGAAGUGUGUGGCUCUGCUCAGCAAGAAAGCUUACAAGCUCCUGCACAAUAAAGUCAUCUCCACAAAGGCAGUGUAUGUGGUAGCAUUCGGAGGGGCACGUUGCCCGUAAGUCUGCAACCGCAUGGAUCUACCGUACAGGUAAUGGGAAGGGUGGGAGAGAGCAGCACAAUGGCUGUGCAGGAUUUUGCAAUCUUUGAUAUUGGGAAGGAUUCAGUAUAAAGACUCCUGACUCUGGAUUUGCAGUGGAUUGCUUCACUGGAGUGUGACCCAAUUUAAAACUGCUCCUCCUCCUAGAUCCUCCCAGCAGUGUUUCCAUCUCUCUCUUAGGUUGUUACAUGGGGCAAAGAAGAGAGACUGCAUGAGUAUAGAUGUGGGUGUUACAGAAGCAUCAAUUCUAGGGAAUAUUUUUUACUGAAAAGGUUUGCUAGGUAGUCUAGUGGGCACCUAUUUUAAACCUCCAUCUCAUAGCCCCUGGCCAGGAACUGUGUUUCAAUCCUCUCCCCUGACUGCUCUCUAUCUCCUCCUGCUGCUUGGGACUUGAGGCUCUCUGCACUUGGAAAAGCUUCUCUUCUCCCAUUUACCAGGAGCAUCCUCCCUUUCCCCCAGCCAACCCCUCCCCUCACUUCUUUCAGCCACUAAUCACAGCCCACUUCCUCCCUUACCAUCGACUAUACACAGAGAGCAAGACAGCCAUCUACAGCAUACGCAUAGGAAAGAAAAGGUGAAACUGCCACUCCCACAUCUGCAGGUGGCUAACGUGAUUUCUGCA